CUGCGAGGUUUGUGGAAGAGAUGAAAAUGUUCGUCACAGCCCAACCACGAAUAUCCGAAACCGCUCCGAGUGGUCUUUACUUAUAAGAAGCCGGCUGCUGCUCCUGUCACUUCCCUUGAAUCUCAGCCGGCGCAAAUCUCGCUGCCCAAUAUUGGUUCUUGACUGACCGCUCUGUGCUCUUCUCUUGGACAAUCGAUAUCGAUAUGCUCCCUCGGUAGCCCCGCGAUACUGGCCCACGACACUUCAAGUCUUUCUUUUCCUCCACCUACCAUACCACACACCGGAUGGCGGUUUAAACAUCGCAGGAAGUGAUUACACCCUUUCUUGCCAGUUGCCAAACUUUAAUUACGGUUACCUGCUUUCGCCUCGUCCCGUCCUUGACAUCAUUGUCCCAACAGGAACUGUGAAUCGUUGCAACAUAUUUCCGAAAAUUGCAACAUCUUCCGAAACAGUCAACGUCGAUUGUUGCACCAAAAUCCAAAUUGCUGUCCGUUCCGUAGUUUGACGACGUUAUUGGGAAUCAGUUCUAGAAAUACAUUAUUCCUAGACCAGCGCAUCCAUUACCCACUUCUUCCUAUAACGAGCCCAUUCCAAGGAUCGCUUAGUCGUAUAAGAUGUCGAUUGCUGCAACCGCAGACUUUGCGCCUCCUUCCCCUCCUACCACCAAAGCGAAGGGAAGGGAAGCAUUGAUGGACGCUUUGGAAGAUAUUACAUUUGGCUCGGUAAGCUUCUUGUGACCAAAUGAUGACUCAACUAACAAAGAUCAGAUUGCCGGUGUGGCAGGCAAGUACAUCGAAUAUCCCUUCGACACGGUAAAAGUACGCCUACAAUCCCAGCCUGAUCACCUUCCUCUCCGUUAUACCGGUCCCAUAGACUGCUUCAAACAAUCCCUUCGAAAUGACGGCUUCAUUGGGUUAUACCGUGGAAUAAGUGCACCAUUGGUAGGAGCCGCUCUCGAAACCAGCAGUCUGUUUUUCUGGGAAAGAGUAGGUAGGGAAUCCCUCUUCUCAGCAGGAUUAUACAACCGCGAAAAGCCCCUUCCACUAUCCGCACUAUGGCUCACAGGUGCUAUCUCCGGCGCAUUCACAUCUCUCGUCCUCACACCUGUAGAGCUGGUAAAAUGCAAAAUCCAAGUCCCAGCAACCUCAAUCUCAGACGGCAUACGUCACAAAGCUCCUACACCAUUAACCGUUAUUCGAGAGGUGUUUCGACACCAGGGAAUCAAGGGCUUCUGGAAUGGCCAACUAGGAACCUUAAUCCGUGAAACCGGCGGUUGCGCAGCAUGGUUCGGAAGUAAGGAAACCGUCACUCUCCUCUUCCACCGCUUCAACAAUCGCCAUUCCCAUACCGUUGCGAAUCCCUCGUCAGAACUAGAAUUACCACCACUACCCUUAUGGCAACAAGCUCUCGCCGGUGCUUCCGCGGGAAUGUCAUACAAUUUUCUCUUUUUUCCAGCUGAUACUAUUAAAUCAAGGAUGCAGACGAGUUCGUUAGCACCAGGUGCCCCGCCAUUACGCUUUUGGAAUGAAGGCGUGGUACUUUGGAGACAGUACGGACUCAAGGGACUUUAUCGAGGUUGUGGGAUUACGGUAGCUAGGAGUGCGCCGAGUUCAGCGUUUAUCUUCAUUGUUUUUGAUGCAUUGAAGUGGAGGUUUCAUAUGAGCUGAAUUCGAAUACAGUAGAAGGAUUUGCGGCGGGUUUGGACGUACAUACCUACCUGCCUGUGGAAAGAGUGGAGGGUUGUAUAGACUCAGUAUUUGCCGGACCAAAAAGAAAGGAAGGAACUUCUCAUUGCAUAGAGAGAGAUAAAGAUGAAAUAUGUCAAGAUGGCAUUUCUGGAUAUAGAGUCGGUCGGCGGGAGGAAAGUCUUUUUUGUGGCGUUAGGUAUUGAUGGGAUUUCAGUGUCAUCGAAAAGUCAUCCUUCUUUGGUUUGGGAUAUGCACAUCGGAGACGAAGGAGUUUGGCGUGUGCUAUGGAUUGCCAUACAAUUCAAUUUUUGGUUAAGAGAAAGAGGAGGAGAGAAACGAAAAGAAAGGAAAGGAAAGCGGAUAUUUAGAUCUAGACUAGAUUAGGUAUACAGACUAGAUUU